AGCGAGGUUUCGAUUACGCACGGUUAGCGGAACGACGACUUUUAGUGGCUCUGACGUCAUCACUUUUUGUGCGUGCAUGCGCAGUAUGACUUUUACACAAUCGGUACAGUCUGUAAAUCGUCGUCAACACGAAUAACAGCUCUGCUAAACAAUUGCAAUGAAGACUGCUCGAUUUUAUCCCGGCCUGGACAUUGUUCUCCUGAGGGAGGCGUUGGCACUUUCAAGUGAAGACGGCCAAGGACUUUCAAAGGAAGCAUGGGAAGUAAUCCACAAGAACAUCAAUGAUGCCAUCAAGGCCAAACAUAUUUAUGUUACACUAAGGGCGUGCAGAGACAGAUACCGACAUCUUCAGGAUUGUCAUAGAAGAGCAGAAAUGAGCUCUCUUAGGGCCUCUGGUACAGAUGAGGAAUACGAUGAAAGAAUACAACUCCUAACAGAACUUGCCGACUUUGAUGAGGAAAGGAAGUUGGCACAGAUAAAAAGAAAGUCUGAAGAAGCUGAAAAAGAGAGGCAGGGUGUAAUCAUACGAGAAGUAGCGAUGAAAUCCCUAUCUGCAACGAAGACCAGGAAUGAUGACAUAACAGACCCGGAGCUGACCCCACCACAAAGGAAACGCCGAACUACAGCGUCGGACUCAUAUGUCAAGUACCUUGAAGACAAACUGGAAUUUGAGCGAGAAAAGUUUGAGUUAGAAAAAAAGGAAAGAGAAGCCAGGCUGGAAAAAGACAACGAAAUGAUGAAACUGAUGAUGACUUUAAUAAAGAAGUAAGGUUCCACAGAUUUCAGGACACAACUGCUUUGAAAUCAGGUUCUUAAACUAGUGUGUCAGUGAUAGCAGCAUUCCAGAAUGUUAUGCCUACACCGGAUUGAAUAGGCUACUCUGUUUUAAUGUUCAAAUUUUGAGGUUUUAUCUUGCACGUUGCUGUUGUGUUGGAAGUCAGGUAUUCCAGCUUGUACAUUAAUGGUUUUGCCCCCCAAAAAUGCAUUUGAGCCAGAGAGUGCCAAAGAAGAUUCUGCCAUAAAUAUGAAGAAAAUAAUCGUUUUAUUAUCCCAUAAAAAGGACUCUGCACAUUUUUAAAAGACCUUCUACGAUAGCUGCAAACAAAACUUUGAAGAGAGGCUCUAAGGUCAAGUUCAGUUUUGUGAUGCACUCUUUUUCCAAUAGAUAAGAGUCCUUAUUAGUGAAAAAAUUACAAGUCUCCAACCUUACUUUUAAGUGGUGUAAAAUGUCAUUUAAUCCCAUACCCUUUCAGAGCAUAAUUUGAAACGUGACUGUAACAUUCCAUACAAGAUUUUUUCAUUCUUCAAAAAUUCAAUUUAAACACAGACUUGACUGAAUAUUAUGGGGAUUCAGGGAUGAAGUACAUAUUUCCCGAGCAAAAAUAUACAGACCUGUAUAUUUGAAAUGUGACGUCACUGUUGUCUUUGGAUGUUAAGCAUUUUGCACUGGAAGAGUAUAAAAUAAAAUGACAUUUUACACCACUUUAACGUGCCUGUGAUCUUUUUUACACUUUUUAAUAAGGACUCUAUUGGAAAAUGAGUGCAUC